CGUGGACUUCGGUGCAUAAAGUUGGAAUUAAAGGACAAGUCUAGAGAGUGGAGUGACAUAGUUCGGGUUAACACCAUCGAGGAAUAAAAAAGAAAAUAAAAAAAUGAAGAAAGUAACUUGUGAAGGAAGCGCAGUUAAAAUUGCAAAGAAAACGAGUCAGAAAAAUGCACAUGGAAAAAGUUCUUCAUCUAAGAAUGUUUCAAGUGACAUUAUUGAUCAUGAAUAUCAAAGGUCGUUGGAAGAGCGAGAAAAAUUUUGGAGUGAAAUUGGCUCACAAAUGGUUUCAUGGGAUAAAAUGUACGAUCAAGUGAUUGAUGAUAGUAGUUCACCAUUUACUAAGUGGUUUUGCGGAGGAUAUCUUAAUGCUUGUUUCAAUUGUGUUGAUCGACAUAUUGCUAAUGGACAUGGAAAUAAAGUGGCAUUAAUUCAUGAUAGUCCAAUAACGAACACCGUUAGAAAAGUGACUUAUCAAGAACUUCUCGAUAGUACGACACGACUAGCUGGUGGACUUAGAAAACUUGGUGUGAAGAAAGGUGAUCGUGUUGUGAUUUAUAUGCCAUUGAUCCCCGAAGCAAUUAUGUCGAUGUUAGCAACUGUUAGACUUGGCGCAAUUCAUUCUGUUGUUUUUGGAGGAUUUGCUUCAAGUGAACUUAGUACAAGAAUCGAUCAUGCGGAGCCCAAAGUGAUAAUUUCAGCUAAUUGCGGUGUUGAACCAAACAAAGUCAUCCCGUAUUUGGAUAUUUUGCAUGAAGCAAUAGACAUGUGCAAUUGGAAGCCGGAUAAAUGUAUAAUUUUCCAACGGAAAAACGUUCUCAUUUCUGAGUUAAAUCCACUUCUUGAUUUAUGUUGGGAAGAAGCAUUGGCUGAACCAGUUGAAUGUGUUCCAGUGGAAGCAAACGAUCCUUUGUAUAUUCUUUAUACUUCAGGAACAACUGACAAACCAAAAGGAAUUCAACGUCCCACUGGAGGAUAUUUAGUGACACUCAUGUAUACGAUGAAUACGAUUUAUGGUGUUCGACCUGACGACGUAUGGUGGUCAGCAAGUGAUUUGGGUUGGGUUGUUGGUCAUAGUUACAUAGCAUAUGGACCUUUACUUUACGGCUGCACAAGUGUAAUGUAUGAAGGAAAGCCUGAUAGAACACCAGAUCCCGGUCAAUACUUUCGUAUCAUUGAACAACAUCAAGUGUCGGCUAUAUUUAGUGUACCAACGGCUUUUCGUGUUAUCAGAAAAGUUGAUCCACAUAUAAGAUAUGGAAGGAAACAUUCAUUGAACUCUUUACGGGCGAUUUUCAUUGCUGGUGAACAUUGCGAUUUGGAAACGAAGCAUUGGAUUGAAAAUACUUUCCGAGUUCCGGUGUUGAAUCAUUGGUGGCAAACUGAGACAGGAUCAGCUAUAACAGCGACAUGUCUAGGUAAUGCACAGAAUAUUUACGUUCCAAACUUCACAACUGGUCUCCCUUUCAUCGGGUAUGACAUCAAAAUUAUGGAUUCAGAAGGAAACAGUAUGAAGGAACUUGGGCCAAAUCAGCUUGGUCGAAUUGUCGUUAAGCUUCCGCUUCCACCUGGCAAUAUGUCAACACUUUAUAAGAACGAUGAUUUAUUUGAGAAAGUUUAUUUCCAACGAUUUCCGGGAUAUUACGAUACAAUGGAUGCUGGUUAUAAAGAUGAAAAUGGUUAUAUCUACGUCACUGCCAGAGACGACGACGUAAUCAAUGUGGCUGGCCACAGGUUAUCGACAUCGAGUCUUGAAGAUGCAAUUUUACGUCAUCCAGACGUCGCAGAUGCCGCUGUAUUUGGCGUUCCAGAAAAUACAAAAGGGGAAGUUCCAUUGUGUCUUUAUGUGACAAAAGAUGGAGUAAAGAAACCUGCUACAAAGCUAUCGGUUGAAAUCAUUAAAAUAAUUCGUGAUGUUAUUGGACCCAUCGCGUCAUUUCGAUUAGUUGCUAAAGUUCAAGCAUUGCCAAGAACACGAAGUGGAAAAACAAUGCGAAAAGCUUUAGCUGAUUUUGCUCGUAACAAAACCGUCAAUCUUCCAGCUACAAUCGAAGAUCCAUCAGUGUUUAUUGACAUUCGUCGUGCUUUAAACGAGUUGGGAUAUGCAACGUCAGCACCAUCACCGUUAUUAGGAUACAAGAAACGUGAUUGAAGAUUUUAGUGUUUUAUGUCUAAAUUUUCAACGUAGAUUCAUGAUAAGUUUGAUAUCAUUAUGUGGGAGUUUUGUUUCGUUUUGAUUGAUUUAAAUACUUUACCUUGACUAAGAUGGGAAUCAAACAAAAGUGGACUAAAAAAUGUAAUCAUAUUUAAUAAAAAAG